AUGGCGGAGGAAGUCAAUAACAGUAACGGUUCUGUGUCCGAUAUUUGUGAUAAAGUUAACGCCAAGUGUUCUCAGAACUCUACGAAGUUUUCUAUCGAUUCUUUGUUGUCUUCCGAUGUGCAGAAACAAGGUUUUGACAGUGCGAAUCAUCCACUUUCCCCUGAAAACUAUUUUAAGGGUGAUGCAAGUCAAAGUAAUUGUUUUCAGUUUGAUAGAAAUAAGUGCAGUGCUAAUGUUUCGGCAGAUGGUAAUGUUAACGACAAUUUGAAAAGGGAAAACGAAGUGGUUUCUACGACGGAUGACUUCUACCACAGAGACUUUUCAGAAGAUUUUUCAUAUUCGAGCAAAUCCGACGAUGAAAGGAAAAAACGACCUCGGACCGCUUUCACGGCAUCGCAAAUAAAGUCCUUAGAAGCAGAAUUUGAAAGAAACAAAUACUUAUCGGUGGCGAAACGAUGUCAGCUGUCAAAAACUUUGAAACUGACUGAAACUCAGAUAAAAAUAUGGUUUCAAAAUAGGAGGACCAAAUGGAAAAGGAAAUACACGAACGAUAUUGAAAUAUUAGCUCAACAAUAUUAUAGUUCCAUGGGUAUUUUAACGCCUAGGCCCAUAUUCUUAGGGGACAGAUUGUGGUUUUUCAACUAUCCCGGUCAGCCAGGUCUCUCAAGUACAGCCCCUUUAGUACCGCCGAAUAUGUUACCCCUACCCCCCAAUUCGCCACUAGUCCCCCAAAUGCCGGUUGGUAGCCACACGAGGCCGUGUAUGCAGAACUACGUAGAUUAUCCGCAUCAGGAACAACCUAACGAAACUCCCCCAAUACUGCAACUGCAGAACUUCGGCAGACAUCUCGGGAAUCCUUAAGAUUGUGAAAGUAAACUUUAUUUAUACUAAUUUAGGAUAUAUU